AUGCAGUCUUCUAUAUAUUUGCUCAUAGCUUUAGUGGCUUUCAGUGCUGCACAGCAAUUAAACGCUGGACCCAAAGUUCAAAAAGAAUCAGAUUUGUCAUCUAAAAGUCCUAAUAAAAGAUAUGCAACCCGAGAAGUUAUUUUAUAUCUUACACCUAGUGAAAUAAGGUCUUUGCAAGCAGCAAAAAGUGCAGAAAGUAAAGAGUCAAUCGCUGAAAACCAAAAAGAACAACAAUUGUCUGUUCAAGAUUACAAUGACGAACAACAACAAAAAGCAUGGUUGCAGUACUUCAAGUCAUUAGAAUCAGAACAGCCUAGAGAGCAGCUACAAGAAGCUUACUAUUCUAAAAGCAAGCCUGUUUUUGAGAAUCAAAAUGAAAGUGGAGAUGCUUACAACUUUUAUUCAGAGCAAAUUGUUAAAGAGCAACAACAAAGAAUUAAAAGCCAACAAGAACGAGAACGCGAAGAAUCCCAAUGGAUCCAAUUCAACCGAGAGUCUGCUAAGAAACAAGAAGAAGCUCUUUUACAAGAGCAACUAGAACAACAUUGGAACCGCAUUUUAAAUCACAACCGCGCUCAACUAAAAGGUUUAUCUACUAUUAGGAAUGAAAAAUCAAAAUCAGAAGCGUCUAACGAAAAUGAAAGGCCGGUAAUCCAAUGGCAAUCCGUGUCUAGGAACCAGGAAGAACAGAAAUCGAAAAUUCAAAAAGAAAUCGAAAGUAUUUUAAGGGAAGCUUCUAAUGCAGAGAAACAGGGUGUGGCUUCCGAAGCUGAACGCUACAACCAGCAAAGACCACCUAUUGUAAUUCACAAAGAAGUAAGGAUCACUAAGCACCAACCAUUUCCUGUGGUGGAGAAAGUGAAUGUACCAGUACCUAGGCCAGUCCUCGUCCCGGUGCCAGAGCCCUAUGAAGUGAAAGUGCCACAUCCUUACCCGAUAUAUUUAGCCAUAGCUUUAGUAGCUUUAUGUGCUACAAAGCAAUUAGAAUCAGGACCCAAAAUUCAAAAAGGACCCGCUCCGUCCAUCCGGCCAUCUAAAAGUCCUAAUAAAAGAUAUGCAACACAAGAACAGUACUUUAAGACAUUAGAAUCAGAACAGAAUCAGAACAGAGAGCAGCUACAAGAUUCUAAAAGCAAGCCAAUUUUUGAGAAUCAAAAUGAAAGUGGAGGUGCUUACGACUUUUACUCGGAGCAAAACGAUAAAGAACAUCAACAAAGAAUUAAAAGCCAACAAGAACGAGAACGCGAAGACUCUCAAUGGAUCCAAUUCAACCCAGAGUUUGCUAAGAAACAAGAAGAAGCUCUUUUACAAGAGCAACUACAACAACAUUGGAAUAUUCUGAAUAACAAAGCUCAGCUCGCUCAGCUGAGAGGUUUAUCCGUCAUUAUUAGUGAAAACCAAAAACCAGAAGCGUCUAAUGAAAAUGAAAGGUCGGAAAUCCAAUGGCAAUCGGUUUCCAGGAAUCAGGAAGAACAGAAAUCAGAUAUUCAAAAAGAAAUUGAAAAUAUUAUAAGGGAAGCUUCUAAUGUGGAGAAACAGGGUUUUACUUCUGAAGCUGAACGUUACAAUCAACAAAGACCACCUGUUUUAAUUCACAAAGAAAUCAGGAUCACUAAGCACCACCCAGUUCCUGUGUUGGAAAGAGUGAAGGUAUCAGUACCUAGGUCAGUCCUUAUCCCGGUGCCUGAGCCCUACGAAGUGAAAGUACCACAUCCUUACCCGGUACCUCUAGAGAUUGUGAAGCAUAUUCCUAUUCCAGUAAUAAGUAAUAAAUAUGAA